AUGUCGUGGCUAAAACUGAACGACAGCCUGAACAAGGUGAAAGGAUCCAUCACAUCCUUUACGCAGGAAGUGUUUGCGGAAGGAAUCAUCACCGAAGAUGAAAUUAAUCAAAAUCCAGCCCGAGAACUGAGCAUCACUCGAGAAAAAAUUCACGAACUGACGGAACUUUGUGCGACGCAGGAUCAAGAGAUUGCGACACUACGCAAGCAAGUUGCCGAAUAUCAACAACAGUUGCAGCAGCCUUCCUCGUCGUCGUCGACGCCCCAACCCGGACCGUCGUCCUCUUCGAAGCCACCCCCGGGGGCUUCCGGUUCGGAGCAUCAUGCUGGGACAACCACCGUCACCAGCACGCUCGAGGACAGCUGGUUCUGGGACCCGGACAACAACAUCUCUUCGACGUCGUCCUCCUCGAAGAAGGACGACAACGAUUCACCCUCGUCCGGUCCAACCGAGCUAACCACGAUUCCGCUCGAGGCGCCAGCCAGCGAGAGCGAAAUCAUCGAACGAUUGCACCGUCAGUUGAACGAGAAGUUGCAGCAGCUCAAGAAGCAGCAGCUCGAAAAUGCGCUGCUGAACGAAAAGCUCGGUCAGGUGAGCCGCGAGAAUCGCGAGCUGAACGAAAACAUCGAGGAGCUUGAUCGUCAGCAUGAGGUGGUUCUGGAGAACCUGCUCACUAGCAAGCGCGAUCUGCAGGCUCAGUGUGGUCGGCUUGAGGCGGAAAUGAAGCGUCAGGCGACUGAGGCUGAGGCGAGUCUGCAGGACCUUCGAACGCGGUUCGAGCGGCUUGAGCAUUCGUACGCCGACAGCUGCCAGGAGAACGCUAAACUGCAAAGUGACGCCGAUAGGCUGAGGGCUGAGCUGGAGCAGAUCGUGUGUGAGAACGUGGAAGCUGUGGCGGCUCUUGAGCAUCAGCUGGAGGAGAUGCGGCUUGGGCGUGAUUCAUCGCAAAAGGAGUCCCAAACGCUAAGGCAAGAGCUUGAAGAACUGCGUCAACGGAGCAACGAGGAAGCCGAGGUUAUGGUGGCUAUGCCAUCCAACCAAGCUGCUGCUGAUCUACCGGAUGCUUCCUCGAACGUGGCCCAACUGCAGGUGGAGCUGGAUGACCUGAAGCAAACGCUGGAAGACGUGCGUACGGAGCGUGACAACCUGCAGAAGCUAACGGCCGAGCUGGACCGGUCGGAACACAUCGGUCAGCUCGAGCGCGAGAUCGGAGAAUUACAGAACGAGCUGAGGAGUGUCAUCAUCGAUAACUCUGUGCAGUUGGAGGCGCUUGAGAAGGAGUCCGACGAUAAGCUAGCGGCGCUGCGACAAGAAAACCAAGCACUCCGGGAGGCAACAACCGUCAAACCGGAACCGAAUGCUCGCGUGGCCGAACUCAUCCGUGGGUUCUUUGAGCUGGAGCUUUCGCAAGCUGACGAGCUGGCCGAGCGGUUCCGGCAGUCACGUGAUGCCACCGAGAAGCUGUCCGCCCUUGAGCGGAAGCUAAUGGACGCGGGCAAAGAGUUUGACUUCCUGAAGUCGGAGAACUCGCGCAUCCAGCACGAUAAGGACACGCUGACGGCGGACCUGAUGCAGUACGAGAAGGAGUGCGCUAGCUUGAUGAAGAACAACGACCGGUUGCUGGAGGAGUUGGAAAACGUGAAGUGCAACAAGCUGGAGACGAUCAACGAGAACGCGGAAGAUAGCAUCGUGGUGUUGGAGAAGCAGCUCGAGGAUACGCACCGAUUGAACCGUACGCUUGAGGACGAGUACCGUGAGUCACAUCGGAAGCUCGAGGAGGUGCUGGAGGAGAAAGAGGAGUUGCUAAUGCAGGUGGCGACACUUGAGGGCACGGUUGCCGAUGGGAAGACGCGAGUACGUCAGCUCGAACAAACGUUGGUCGAGCACAGUACCGAGCGGGAUAAGCUCGCUGGACAGCUGGAGGAGUUACGGUUGGCUGGUGGGCAGGAAACGGAACAACUGCGAGCGGAACUUCACAGUGUGCAAGGACAGCUGACGACGAUCAACGAGGAUCACGCUGGGCUGGUGCGGAAGUUGCAACAACUGCAGCAAAGCUCGUCCGACAACAUCCGCACGUGGGAGUCGAAGAUCGAACAGAUGCGCUUGCUGCUGGAGGAGAAGGAAUCGGAUCUGCAGCAGGCCCGUGAAGCCGGUACGGUCUCCACGGAGCAGAGUACUGAAAUCGAGCAGUAUCGGACCGAAAUCGAGCAGCACCGGGCCAAGAUCGAGCAGCAGCAAGAAGCACUGGAACGGCUUACCAAGCAAAAGGACGAUCUCGUGCAGCUGGUGACGACGAAGCACAACGAAAGCGUACAGUACCAUGCGGAAAUCCAGCGACUCAACCAACUGCUGCAAGCGGAAACCGACCGAGAAGUGCCACCCUGCACGGUGUGCCCAUCGUUGCGCGAAAAACUGCAAGACUACGAGCGCCUCACGGAUCAGAUUCAGUUCCUGCGCGAAAAGUCCGACAUACUGACGGCGAACCUGAUGACGGAGCAGAACAACCAGCGGAUGGCGCUGCAGCAGAAGCAGGAGCUGCUCGAACAGCGCGACGCGUUACAGCGUGAUCUCGAGCGGUUGCGCCAGCAUCUGCUCGAAACGGAGGAAACGCACACGCAGGAAACGGUUGAGCUGCAGCGGCGCUACGACGACACGCGCCAACAGUUGACGACACUCGAGCGUGAGGUGAAGCAGUCCACGAACGCGCUCACGUCGGCCAGCAUCCGGGCGAACCAGCAGGCGGAAACACUCCAAGCCCAGUACCAGCUGUUGCUGCAGCAGCGUGACGAGCUGAACGUGCGCCUGAGUGUAGCAGAUGAUCGCGAUCAGCGAAAUCAGGCGGCACUCACCAACCUGCAGUGUGCGCUGGAGCAGUUCCAGAUGAAUCGCGAGCGUGACAUCGAGGUGGCCACCGGUGGCAUUCGCGGUGAACUUGAGGCCGCUCGAGCCCGCGAGGAUGCGCACAAGGAGAACCUGAAGCAAAUCCAGCAACAGCUAGCCGAUGCCAAAACGGGUCUGCUGGCGGCGGCCCGCAUUUCCGACCAGCUCGAGAUCUCGCAGGUGACGGUGGCGUCCCUAAAAGCCGAACUGGUCAAACGGGACGAGCGAUAUGAGGCCCUUGAGCGACGUCUUCAGGACACAGAAGCGAGCCAAGCUGAUAAGGUGGAAAAGACGCUUGUGAAGAACCUAAUCAUCGGUUACGCCGUGGCACCGAACGCAUCGGAUAAGCAGCAGAUCAUGAAGCUGAUUUCGUCCGUACUGACGAUGGAUCAGACCGAGUGCACCAAAGUCGGGCUUCACCAUCACCGUGCAGGUCCUGGAGGUGCGGGUGGAUGGUUCAACAGCAUCCUGGGAGGAGCACCGGGCGCCGAAUCCGUCGGAGCCAACUACAACAAGGAGUCCCUCACGGAGGCGUUCGUGAAGUUCCUCGAGAAGGAAUCGGCCCCGCGAGCCACCGCAAGCUCUAGUCUACUGAACAUAGUCACGGCCCCACAGGUGGCCGGUGCCAGCGAGGACCUUCAGCCACAGCAACCGGGAACGGCGGGAACAGGCACCGGAACUACUACAACCGGUUCUGGUGGUAAUCUUCUGGUCACCGUUCCACCGGCUCUGGUGCCACAACCGAUUCUGGUACCAGAAGCGAUGAUGCUGCAGCAGCAACCUGGUUUUGCGCCGCCACGAAGUUCGAGCUCCAUCCUGAAGGACAUCCUGAGUGACUCCUGAUACUCGCACGGUGAUCCGCUGCUCUUCUAAAGCUGCACUUCUAAGUGCGAUGAUGUAAAUAUUCUAUUACGCUGCGACGAGCGAGUGCGUGGAGGCAACCGUACGCCGGCAUUCGAGAGUUUUGUUCUGUUGCGGACAUCUAGGAGAGUGCGCAAAUAUGGAGGAAAUAUAUUAUACUACCCAACAUCGAA